AUGGGUUUUCCUAGCUAUAUUUUAGCUAAUGUUGUAGAUAGUGAUUUAGUUAUGGAAAGAGGAUGGAGGGAUAUGGCACCUACAUGUCCUAGGUGUGGUUCAUCUAACACCAAAUUUUGUUACUACAACAAUUAUAGCCUUACACAACCUAGGUAUUUUUGCAAAGGUUGUAGAAGGUAUUGGACUAAAGGUGGGUCCCUUCGGAACGUUCCCGUCGGUGGUGGUUGCCGGAAGAGCCGGAGGUCUCGGUCGACAACCCUAAGACUAACUCAUCCAUCCUCAAACCAUCAUGGGCUCACAUCUAGGAAUAACAACACCAUGUUUGGUAGUCAUCACAAUCAACAUCAUCAUAGUCAAGAUCAACUUGGUGGUGGACAUGUUUCUUAUGGUAACUUGAAUAACAACAUGGUUGAUUCCACCACCUCGCCAACGGAUUCCGAGGCUCCUCCGAUCGACCUUGCGGUUGUUUACGCCAACUUCUUGACGCAAAAACCCGAAAAUAGUAACGAAAUACCCCCUAAUGGUGGCUACAAUAAUCCACCAUUAGUUGAUGAGUUGUCUAGCAUACCGGAUGCUACUACUAUUGCUCCUUCACAAGUUGUGUUACAAGUCCAACAAGAACACUCAACUUUCUCUCAACCACUUCCCAUUAUACCAGAAUUAAUGAUGAACAAUCAUCAUCAUCAUCAUAACAAUAAUAAUCAAGUUUUAUUUGUAACAGAUUUUAGUAGACCAAUUCAUCAUCAUGAACAUGAUGAUGUAUCCAUUCAACAUGAUGAACUAGGCCUACCGCCAUUGCCUGGCGACACGUUAUUAUUACAAGAUCAUCAUCAACAUCACCAUCAUCAUCAUCAUCAACCAGUGUCGUGGGAAGGUUCGGAUUUGAAUGAACAUCAGCAUCACCAACUACAACAUCAGCAUCAACAUAGUAAUCGCGAAGAUGGUAAUGAUUUGGAAGUGCCAAUAAGGCUACAAGACUUGGAGACAGAUUCACAAUUUUCAAACUUAUUGUUCAAUAACGGGAGUUGGAGUCCACUUGAUAAUUUACCAGGUUUUGAAACUUCAUCUUCUUCUUCAAAGCCUUAA